AUAACAUUCUAAAAUUCAUGGGUUAUAAAUACAAACACGUAUGGACGUAAAAUCCUCUGUUAACAAAAACAUGUUGCAUCCAAAAUUACAUUUUUGAGGAAAUUCUUACAAUACCAAAAUUCAAGUGAAAAUAUAAGAUUCGUGUAUAUGGACGAAACUUGGAUUUUUCAAAAUGGAUCCAGCGUCCGAAAAUGGGUACACGAUUCUGAAAUUAAAAGUAAUCCGUCUGAAAAUAAAUCAGAAGGGAAGCGUUUUACCGUUUUGCAUGCGGGGUCUCGUUUUGGAUUUUUGGAAGGGUGUAAUCUAUUACAAACUUCAAAUAGUAACAAUAGGGAUAGAUAUCACAAAACUAUGAACGGGGAGAUUUUUCAAAAUUGUGUGGUUAAUCAAUUACUUCCUGCUCUGAACAAAAUUCAAGGUAAACGUGUGUUGGAAAAAUUACCCUCACGUAAUUGGAAAAAGGAUCAGAGGCAGGAUUGGUUGAUUAAACACAAUGUCAAAAUUGAGGGCAAAAUUACCAAAAAUUAUCUUUGGAGUUUAAUUGAACCUUUUAAGAAAGACAAUAACAAACGCUACGUGACUGACGAAUUUUUUAAAGAGAAUGGGCACGAAGUUCUUAGAUUGCAUCUGUACCAUUGCCAGUACAAUCCUAUUGAAAUGGCAUGGGGGUUCUGUAAAACUUACUACAACAAGCGUAUAAAUUCUCAACUUUUAUCCAAUGAUAAGAUUAAAAAUGUAUGGCUUGAAGCUCUUUCAAAUUGUACUUCUGACAUGUGGCAAAAUUUUUGUAAUCAUUGUGAAAAACUAAUUUCGGAAGACUGGGUGAAAUAUAUCGGAAAUAUUUCGUUUGAAAACAUUCCACCUUUCAUUAUUUCAUUGGAGGAGUCUCAGUCAGAAUCAGGUAUUGAUAAUGAUUCAGAUACUUCCAAUGAAACAAUGGUCGUGGAAUAG